GCAGUGUGAAGCGGAGUGCGGAGGGGAGACUGCACGCGCGGAGCUCCUGCGAAAAUCAAGAAUAUUGGCGGAAAUCGACCGAGUUACGCCUGUGGCUGUAUACCAGCACCUAGCGCUUCUUUCAAGGGCAGAAGAGGCGCGCAAUGGCAGCGUCGGGCGAGACGCGGCAGGAGAGGGCCGUGGCUCUGUCGGAGCUGACGCCCCAUCUGGUCUGCCCCCUGUGUGGCGGAUACUACGUGGACGCCACCGCCAUCGUUGAGUGUCUGCACACGUUUUGCCGGUCAUGCAUCUUGCGUCACCUGGAGACAAGCAGUUACUGUCCUGCUCUGACCUGUGAUGUCAUGAUUCAUCGGACCAAGGGCGCCAUCAGUCUGAGGCCCGACGCCACUCUGCAGAGUAUCGUGUACAAAACGGUACCAGGCCUGCACCGUGAUGAAAUGCAGCGACGGCAGCUUUUCUACGCCGACAAGCCGGAUGCCGACGCGGAACUGGCACCGUCAUCGAAAGGCUGCUAUGAAGAGGGCGCCGGUCGGUAUUACGCACCGGACGACACGAUUGACGUGCGGAUCCAGUAUGCCUCUCACAAUCCGGAAGAACUUGUUCCUGUGCGUUACUUCCGCUGUCCGGCUGGACUGCCCUUGUCCACACUGAAGAAGCUGCUAUUCCAGAAGUACGGUUUCUCAGACUCCCUUCAGAUGGAGCUGAUCCAUGGCAGGAAGGUCCUACCGGCCGACAUCAAGCUGCUUGACGUCGCUUACAUCAUCAAUUGGAGCAGGAAAUCGGCAUUAAAGCUGCUUUUUCGGAUAUCGAAACCAAAGGCCACAACAAAGCGAAAAGCCAGCGCUCCGGGUGAGACAUCAUCCCCCGUAGAGCCCCCGGAGAAGAAACUGAAGUCCGAUGAGCAAUCGUCUAUCCUAAAGAAUGACGCUAGGGUCAAUCUGACUCCGAGCCAAGAUGGUAAAACAGACAAGCAAUCUGAGAUAACCAAAAACAACAACGCGAAGUCGUCAGACUCUCCUGUGGCUCAGUCAUCGACCACGCGCGUUUCUCCUCCCUCCACGGCGGUGCCCCCAAGCCCAAGAGUGACAGGCCAGUCUGCGAGCACGGCCGCCAAGGCGGGAGAAAGGCCCGCUAAGUCAGGAGAAAGGCCAAACACUCAGCCGAGGGUUUCACCGGCUCCCGCGAGCCAGAAAACGGCCCAUCAGUCUCCCGCUGCAGCCGUGGCACAGUCCCCUAGAGCAGGAGUGCUGCCAAAGAUGGACAACUCCGUUCAGAAGGCGACAGACAGUGGCCAGAAGCCAAAGACUCAUCGGCCUGAACCUAGCCAGAAAACGACCAUUGUAAGCAAAGGCCAAACGAACGGUUCAAAUCAGGAUGUAAAGACGAACGCGAAAAUUCCGGCAGUCAAACUGAACCAAGUUGCGAUUACAUUGGGCCAAAAGAUCCAGGUUCCUCCCUCUUCUCAAUCCAAUACCCCCGGCCAAAAGCCCGCCACUCCUCGGCCGCCGGGCACUCAGCUUGGCCACUCCUAUUUAGCCUGCAAGAAGGCCAUGAAGUUGGCCGCGUCGGCAGCAAACUCCAAGGCGGCCACCGUUCGGUCUGUCAGUGUAGGGAGCAUGACGAAGAAUGAACCUAUCGAUAAAAAGGUUCCCUCGGCGAACCCAGCGCCCAAAGCCACAAAUGGUACGCUGCCGGGAACUAACAAGACAGACACGUCUACGGGAGCUUCGUCAGUGACGCCCAAACCCUCUGGAGUGAAAGGUGUGCCACCUUCGAAGAUGGAGACUGGUGAAGCAUCCGCGACAUCCAAAGUCAAGCCUCUAGAGAAGAAACCGUCAGUGAGCAAGAUAGACUGUUCUGUGCAAACAGUUCCUGUUUAUAGGAUUCAUUCUUCUAAGCAAAAUGCGGUAAAGGCAGGGAAAACCAAUUCCAAUGUAACUAACACGCCCUCGUCUGCUGCACGAAAACCAUCUUCAGCGGAGGACAAGUCUGCUAAACCGCCAGAGAACGUGUCUAAACCUGCAGCUAAACCCGUAUCACAAUCGUCAGGUGAUGCGAAGGAAAAAGCUGUAGCCAAAGUUCUGGUUUCUCGACCUUCCGCGGGAGUGCUCGACCUGUCAACGCACGCCAGAGAAACGUCCUCUGUAUCAGGGAUUAGCUCGACCAAAGACUCGAAGACAAUUUUUGUGAUCUCAGGUUCUAAAAGGCCGCCGUGCUCCAACAAAAUUCAGUCAAUUGUUGAGUCUCUAGCUCAAAAGAGGAUGAUGUCAUCUCCUUCAAGCCAAUCUCAGAGUGGUAGCGAAGCUUCAGCAUCCGUUUCACAGGCCGUUUCACAGACCUCAACUGCCGUCUCGAAAGCUCCAGUAGUGACAACUAGCGUCACGUUUGUCGCUCCCAGCACAGUGCCGAUCAGGUCAGCGGCCGUGACGCCCGUCCGCCCGGUAUCCUCACCGCUCCACAUUGAGACGGCCUCUCUGGGUCUGCGCUACGGCAGCGCCGUGCCGCCCCUGUCCAGCCUGUCCCGGCCGUCACCGUCCACCACCACCACCUCCUCGACCUCCUCCAGACCGGUGUUCCCCGUUCCUCCGCUGCCACAGAGGCCGAAGAGCCAGAACGUGCGCGCCAUCCCGAACCCCUCGCUCCUUCGUCAGAGGUCUGCUGAGGAGCGUGCGCGGGACUCUGGCAAGGGCUCGCCGACGGCGGGAAGCACGGCCCCGGCCAUGUCUCCGCCCACCAUCAGGGACAUCCACAGCCUGACGAGGCAGCUGCAGGAGGCCGGCACCUCUGUCACGAUCACGAACACAUCCUGAUAAAGUCCUCUGGGCGAGCAUUCUAUGCGAACCGCAGGUCAAGGUCUCCGUCGCCGCUACCGGCACCAUAUGCUGAAACUGUUAACACUGAAGUGAUAUUUCCAUGAACGGUGCGUUCAACUGUCUUCUUAGGAGGCUGAGCUGUCUCGUGAAUCAGGGAACUCCUGAGACUGACUACGUAAAUGCGUUUGCGCUUGAUUGCUUAUGCAGAGUAGUUUGUAGGCCCAGUUGUUUGCUCUGUAUUUCCUUGACUGUGCCAGGAAGACGAGAAGCUUAAGCUCCUAGGUUUCUGAAAGCCCGCACGAUGCGUGUCCGCCUAUUGAAUGGUCUGUCAAGUGGAUGCUAUCACAUGUGUAGAAUGUAUUCCUUUAUUGAUGGGGUCAGGGGUGACCGUACAAGAAUCGUUCGUUAUUUUAUUUAUUUGAUUUGGAGCUGUGCGCGCUUCCUGAUGUAAAUACAACCAAUGGCAAAGUGUAAGAGAUGCAGUACAGUGUUCUGUAUGGCGUGUAACGUUGCGCAUUCAGCAGUGUGUGGUCGAUGAAAGCUUUAGACGUGAACGUUUGCCAACUCAGAGAGAAACCAUUGACAAGGCUACUACUUGACUGUUGUAUUCGAUUUAUCGCAUGCAUUGCUUAUAUUGAAUAAGAAGGUCAGUGUUCUUUUUACAAUUCCUCUUAUGAGAUUCAUAAGGAUACUACCGAAUAUGUUGCAAUCAAAUAAGAUAAAAGACUUCCAUUUUGAUAUAAGUUUGGCUGUAAAAUGUGUAUGAACAUCAGGUUCUGCCGCUGAACCGGCCAUGUGAGUCUUGUAUUUAAGGUUACCUUCUUGAAAUAGAUCUGUUAUGUGCAAUUCCCUCAACGGAUUAGAUGUAGGUAUGUAGUUCCUAAAUGUUUGUGUGAUGAAGCCUUCCUCCUGUAAGAUAGUCUGUCGUGGUAAGAUGCGUGCGGUUGCGAUGUUAUUGCGAUUUUGUCGUUUCUUUUUAUGUAUUUAACUACAUGAUCUGUAACAUUCUUGGGGUAUUGAUGUGAAGUCGCCUCAAUGUAUUUUGUUCCGUUAAAAUACAUGUGAGCAGCAA